AUGACGUCUUCUCCAGCAGAACCUGUCUGUGCCCUCCACAAGAACUUAACAUCCUUUUCCCCUCCGGGGAUCUCUCUCACAUGGCUGCAGGGCCUUCCCAGUCCUUUCCUGCGCUGCCCUUCACAAAGACUCCUGGACCGGGUGGUUCGGCGCUAUGCUGAGGUAGCAGAUGCUGGCAGCAUUUUCAUGGACCACUUCACUGACCGUGAUAAGCUACGCCUUCUCUACACACUGGCUGUCAAUGCGCAUCCCAUCUUCCUACAGAUCUUCCCCGGGGCGGAGGGAUGGCCACUGCCCAAGUAUCUGGGUUCCUGUGGCAGAUUCUUUGUCAGCACCAGUACCAGACCCCUACAGGAAUUCUACGGUGCACCCCCAGAUGAGGCAGCUGACCUCGCCUACCAGCUCCUUGGUGUUCUGGAGUCUCUGAGAAGCAAUGACUUGAAUUAUUUCUUCUACUUUACCCAUGUUGAUGCAGCCAUGUUUGGCAUCUUCAGCAAUGGGCAUCUGUUCAUCCGGGAUGCUAGUGCACUGGGCGUCAUCGACAAGCAGGAAGGUACUCAGCAUGGGCCUGGCUAA